GCUCAAAGAGUGAGGGCAAAUCGGAUGAUGCCCAGGGCCAUGGGAUGAUGCUCAGGCUAUGGCAGAGCGUCCGGCAGUCCCACCAGUGCUGCCCCGGCUCUCCAAAGAUGUCUUCACAACUGCCCCACCGUGGCCACAAAGUGCUCGGGUGAAGGAGAGAGGGCCCCUACCGGGACUGGACAGUAGCCAUGGCUCUGUUUGGGAGGCGAAGACCGCUCCAGGGUCACCGCUCCGCGGACGCGAAACCACUUGCAGUCUGGGUGCUCGUACCGAGCGGCGGAAGGGUUCCAACUCGCCGAGCUCACCGAGGGAAACGAUGGCAGUGUGGGAGAACAAUGAGGAGGAGUUCUCCGAGGCAUUGAAAUCAGUUCGUCUUUGGUGGAAGCCUGUGGAGGCAGCUAUUCGCAGUCGCAGAGCGGAUCUUUUGCAGGGCGCUCUGAAGGAGGCCCACGGCGAAAGCUACCUCAGGACUGUGUAUGCAGUGCGCCGAAGUUCAAGUUUGGACCCUGCUCAUCGCCAUUCAGUUGAGAUGGAAAUGGCUGCAAGAUUGGUCAAAGCACGCGCUAUUCUUGGGAAAUGGCAGGCUGGUGUUGAGGAGAUCAAGAAAGCUCAUCGAGCGAGAGAUGUGGCGGGUCUUGCUCAAGCCUUGUCACGGUUUCAGCACUCUGCUGAUGAUGCGGAGGUGUCAGGUGCUAGACAUGAUCUAGAACGAUGGCGGAGACUGGCCGAAGAACUCCCCAAGUUUCUCAAGGAGGCCAUCGAGCGUCGGGAUGUGCCGAAGCUCCGAGAGGCCAUCAUUGACAUGAGCAGAGAUGGUCCGACCAACAUUGAAGGGGCGGAAGAGGCCAAGAAGAUGAUCAAGCGGUAUCAAAUUCGAGCUCGUGCCCUUGACCAUGCGGUUGGGGAGCGAAAGAUCAACUCCAUCCAGGCUGCAUUGUCAACAUGGGACUUCAGCCGAGAUGACAUUCAUGCCGUCAAGGCUCGGCAGGCCAUUGCUCGAAGGGACCAACAGAAACAGAAACUACAUGAUGCCGUGCACAAACGUGAUGGGCCACGGCUGAACCAGGUGGUGAAUGAUUGGGAGUUUGACCGCAAUGAUGAGGACUUUCAGGACGCACUCCAAGCGUUGUCGCGCUACGAGAAGAUGGUGAUGGAUGUUGGGAGGAUGAUGGGUCCUCCCAUGGACAUUGUGGCACUGGCGCAGGUGCUGGAGACCUGGGAGUGGUCCCAAGAUGAUCCUGUUCGAUUGGCAACCCAGAAGCGCAUCAUGGAGCACGAAAACGCUGCUCGAAAUGCUUUGGAUGCCAAGGAUGGCUGGAAACUACAAAGAAUUUGGCAAUUCGACACCACGGUGAAGCCCAAGGCCAAAGGAGCUCCUUCGGCGCUACACCAACAAAUGGCUGGCAUCCGGUGGAAAGCCACGGUUGCCAAGAACAGAUACAGAGAAGCAACAAGCUGCCUUCGUGACGCCAUACACCAUGCGGUGGAGGAGUCCGAGUAUAUGCGAACCGAGGCCUUUGCCGAGGUGGAUGUGCCGGAGGGUGAAGAUGCUGUACAGGCUCCACAUCCAAGCGUUCUCAUGAGCCUGGCAAGGUUUGCCUUCACGGGAAUGCCACCCAAAGAGCAUGACCUGAACACCCUCGUGGAGAACUGGCCCUUCAGCAGCGACGAUCCAACAGUUCGAUUGGCAAGUCACUGGCUACGCUCUAGGUUCUUGCUGAAGAAAACCUAUGUGCGGUACCUGGACAUCGCCCUCCAUGGCGGUCACACCCAGAGCAUUACCAAGGCCUACGCACAGGCUGCAGCUGCUGCAGUGCCACCACGAAUUUACCACAAGUUUGUGCAACUUCCAGAAGGCGUUGUGAGAGCCAAGGAAGAGGCCUUGAUGCGAGAGGCGAUCAUGCAAGCAGUGGGUGCAAUGUGUCUUGGAGUGGAGCCUGACCAACUAAUUAUGGCCUCUGGCUUUGCCAAGGAGCUGGCAGACAAGGCCAGACUGGUGCGACAGGCAGCCUCCGCAGUAGAGGCUGGCCGCAUCCCCACUCUUCGAGCUGCUUCAAGGCCACCAAGGGUGGUGCACGCCGUUGUUGAGACCCUGUGCCACUGCGUGGCUGGCAUCCAACCAACGGUGAGAGAUCCUCCGAGAGAUACCGGCUGGAGGACCUGCCAGCGUAUGCUGAACAACCAGAAGGCAUUGAUUGAGAACCUCGUCGCCCUGCCAGACUGGAUUCAGUCUGGACGCACAGAGCCAAUCCGGAGGGCAAAAGAGCAUUGGCAAAAGGUGCAAAGGGAGUUGGGGCGACGCCAUGAAUUCUCAAUAGAGGUUGUGCGAAGGUUCAGCAUCUUGGCCGCGCAGUUCCUCAACUUUCUGCAGCAACUUUUCGAUUUCUAUGACUUGACGAACCAGUCAAGCGUUGCUCCCGACAAGAGGAAAGGUGCCCAUGAGAUGGUUCGUGAUGCAGAUGCCCUGAGACUGGUCGAGCUCCAGGCCAUAUUUAGCCGGAUGAAAGAAGAGGCAAGCCAGAGCGAGGAGUUUGCACAUCAACCCUUGUGGUACUAUGUCCUCAAGCAGGGUAAGCAUGCUUUGUCGAGCCACCAGCUCUUCAGUACGGCAUGGGCCAUUGUCGGUGGUGACGAUGAGGUGGUAGAAGAUUGUGUUGCGUGUGCACAACGGCAGCUUACUGAAGCAUUGGCGCUAACCACAGUCUCCAACGCAGCAUUGGGCUCCAUUUGCCGUGGUCUCAAGCCGCCCAGUCGGGACUAUGUUGCAAUGAUUGAACCGCGCAGAAGCUCCAAAUUUCUGACUAUGGGUGCAAGUCAUGUCGACAGAUAUUCGGACAGCCCUUCGACUCCCAAGGCAAGUGGCAAUGUGCAUGUCGCCAGCAAGAAGAUUGAGGCUUCUCGUGCAUUUAAGCACAGCAACGUGUUGCUUCGCGAGGUGGAUGUCAUGAUCAUUCGCAUCACUGGGGAGGAGGUGGGCUAUUUGCACAUGCCCAUCAGCUCGACGGUGAAGGAUGUGCAAGAGCGGCUGCAAGUGAUGGAGCAAGUUCCAGCAGAACGGCAGGUCCUUUUGCUGGACAACAAGGAAGUGCCUGCGCACACUGCGGUGAAGAACCUACGCAAGGAUCGUGAGAGCAUCGUUUACUUCACACUGCUCUACAGGUCCGAUGCUUUGGUCCAUCGGAUCGAGGCGAGCAUGCUGAAGGUGGCACAGUGCAUCCCUGCGGACUAUGAGCUGACAUCGUUGUUGGGUGGGAAGUUGUCAGAUCCAGCUGUGUGCUUGAUCUAUGGGACCAGUGGCUUUGAUAGCACGGUCGCUCGUCCUGGCGACGGUGCUCGAAGACAGGGCCAGCGUCGUACGGCCAUUGCUCUGCAGCUCUCACAAUUAAACCAGGCGCAGGCUUUAAGCUCUUUGGAUGAUGGUCCGAUGAGUCAAAGAGCAUUCAGUCCAGGAUCCCCACGGAGACAGUCAUUGCAGAUCGUGAUGCUGGAUCUCAUGAGGACCAUGAUUGAGAUCCUUCGGGCACACUCCUGGGGCACACCAAGAAAUGGCAGCUAUGCGGUGCAGGUUGACACUCCUUGGCAGAUGCAAGUGGUCUGUGAGAUCUUAGAGUUGAGCUCAAGCCUUUUGCGCAAGCCGCUGGUGCCACAGGCCAAUUUGUGUGUAUCCAUGCGGCUCUUGGAAGAGCUGGAGGAGGCUGGUCUGCCAGCCACCUAUCAACCGGAAUUUGGCAUCCGGAGGAUGACGAACCAAGGUAGCGUUCCUCACACGCCCCACACGCCGCACACAGCAAGCUCGGCCACUGAUCGCUCAGUGACUGAUCGCUCAUUCACUGAUCGAUCAGUGACUGAUCGGGACACCUUAAGCAGCAGGCAGACUAUGUCUGAGAAGGACACAUCUCCACAUCGAAGGGAAGCAGAUUAUCAACGUGGCCUUGUCGCUGUUGCUGCUUUUGUCCGCUCAGUCCAGGACUUCUACAACGAGUUCUUCCCGGUGAGAUCUCUGGCUGCUGCCAACAUGUCCUUCCUCUUACAGGCCGAGAAAGCUUUCAAGGAGUCCGGAAAGGUGCUGAAGAUCUCAUUUGGCCUGGAGAAUAUGUGCGAGGUACCACCCAACUGCACCACCUUGGAUGAUGUGCUUGAGGCGACACAAACAGCUUGUGAUCAGCUCGUGGCACUCGCGGAGAAAGGAAUUGCUAUCGUGAACCCGCACGUGGAGUAUGUUCGGUGUGCAAUCGAUAGCGCUGGAUUGGCAAUGCUAAGCAGUCCCCCUCCGGCGGAUCCGGUGCAGCGGCUCCACUGGGCAGAGGUGAUCAUGUCGAUGCAGUUGUCGCCGUUGCCCAUCUUUGAUCAGACCUUGAGGAGAAUUGCCAGGUGCAUUGAUCAAGAUGAGUUGGCAGAGAUCGCCAACAAGCCAGAGCCACCUGAGGAGCAAGUCAUUCAUGGAGUCUUUCGCUGUUGCCACAGCGCCGCGGACCCGUCCAGAACAUGCUACAUGGCAGCACUUGCUUGGGUGGUGGAUCCUGAAUGCAACUGUGACCGACGUUGGUCCCAGUCCCGGCAGCUCUUGCAAGAUGGCGAAGGCUUUGCAGAAGAGUUGGGCUCUUGGAGCUCCAUGCAGGCCGACGCCCUCCGCUUGAGCCGAGCGAAGAAUCUGCUCAUGGAGGUUUGGACCUGGGUCUCAUCUGGAUGCAGCGGAAGUUUGGCACUUCAGAGCCUAUUUUGCUGGCUCAUUUUGGCAGUCUCCAUUGUGCCGCUGGCUGAACAAGCGAACCGUUUGAAGCCGGUGCACAGUACUGUGAAGUCUGGCCUUCAACGUGUUGGACUGGCAGCUCCGCAGAAUCGAGCUAGCACUGGAGCUAAGGCUUGGACUUCAGCACUCUUUCUUCUCGACGGCACUGCUGAGGCAUGGUGGUGGCUAAGAGGCAUUCGUAGCUUUGAGCAGGCCCCACGUCCUUGGACUGACAGCGAGGAUGGAGGUGUCGGUGUGGCUCAGUCCACACAGCCAGAAGAUGUGUGGCAACAGGGAGAAGACCCCUUUGAUGGAAAUGACCUGACUGCCGCAGCUCUGGAGUUUGACCGGGAGUUGGACAAGGAGAUGGAUGAUGUGCUACGAGAUGACGGAUACCAGCUCUAAAGGGGACCGGUGAUUGGCUCGGCUUCCGUACUUUAGCAGCACACUGCCAAAAUUUGGAUGGUAUAUUCUGGGCAG